AUGCCCAUCAUGAACCCUGAACCAAUGGACACCGAGCAAAAGCGCAAGCCGGAGCAUACCCCCAAAGACGCGCCUUCAUCAAGCAUAUCAACACCACGACCCGAACAGCGCGCAACCUCGACUCCGACCAGAAAGGCAAAGCGCUCCAAGCAAGCACACACGCCCGCUGUCUCAGGAUUAGGGCCUCAUGAUCUCCCCGACGCAGGACCGAACCCCAACCCAGCAAUUGAAUACUACUUAAAUCUCCCGGUCCAGCGAACCCUAGACUGGCAGACAGACCGAAACAACCGCCCAGUUAUACGAGAACUCACGAACAACCUGUCGCGCCUGGCAGCGUUCGUUCAAACACGAGGCACCGUAACCUCCGAGCCUUGUACUUUCUGUAGAGAGCAUCUUGGCGUAUGGAAGGCCUGUAUCAUAGGCUCUGAUACUACAGCCGACACGAAGAUCCAUGGGUCCUGUGCGAAUUGUCGCUUUAGUAGACGCUAUACUUGUGCUCAUCGUAUUCACUGUGAGAGCUCUGAAGAUAUCGGCAGUUCGUCUGGUACUAGAGAGGGGACUGAUCCGUCGUCUCAGCCCCUCGCCAGCCAGGAAGUUCACAUCGCACGUCCCGUGUCUGAUGAAGAGGCCGAGCGGUUUCUCUUACUUUUGCAGCCUAGCUCAUCUCAGGGCCAGAGUGGUCCCACUACCCAAGCGCCAUCUAAUGUGCAAGAGUCUGAGCAUUCAAAGUCAGUCACAUGGACGAAGGUGCCAGAGCCUGGAAGGACUAUGACUUGUAUGACCGCAGCUUCUUCAGAGGAUGGUAGGGUGAAGUGUAGACAUGAUGGCAAGGCGAUCGCCUUUCCUCUUCGACCUGAGGCCUUUCAUAACCUUCCGUUGCUCAAACAGGCUCUUCUUGAUAUGACACAGCACUAUGAUGUGAUAAGAAGGCGAAUCGAGCAGAUUGAAGGCACGGAGCCACAUCAAAGUACGGUUAACCCCUGGGAUCUUGUUAAGGGCGGGUGA